AUGCAAAACAUAUCGGCUGCAGUUGGAAGCAAUGUAACCAUUGUGGCUGAGAGCUGCACCAACAUGUGGGUCAGGAAGGGUCAAAUUAUUAAGAAGGAUUCUGCCAAGUACUUCAUAACGAUGGAUAGGGAUCGCGGAUCUUCCACGCUGUACAUCCCAAAAGUGGGACUGGAUGAUGAAGCCGUCUACCGCUGCCAACUGCUUGACGGGACCACAAAAGGCGCCAAUCUGGAAAUCAUUGGUGGGUUUACAUAUUUAUACGCCAGCGCCUCUGAGUUUUACAUAGAGGGGCGCUAUAUAAAUUCUCCAUACCAUACCAUACCAUACGAAUGGAUGUUUGCCUACAACAACCCAAUCUAUGAAACUCCUUCCGACAGAAACAGAGUAAUUACCGACGAUUCGAAACCGAAACUAUUCGCCGUGGUGAGUACCUUGACCUUUCACCCCGCCCCCACUGACGACAAGUCCGUGGUCACGUGCGUGACGUCACACAGGGGUUACCAAAAUGGCGAGCUCAGUAGCGAUGUUCUUCUGGAUGUUUAUCGUUAG